CAAGCUACAACAUCAACCACUGCCAUCAUAUGACAAUCAUAUAUACCAAUACUAGCUAGUAGCUAGAGAGUAGAGAACAUGGAGGGCAAAGGUUUCACGGAAGAGCAAGAAGCUCUGGUGGUGAAAUCAUGGAACGAAAUGAAGAAGAAUUCUCAAGAACUCGGUCUUAAAUUUUUCAAGAAAAUAUUGGAGAUUGCUCCAGCAGCUCAGCAAUUGUUCUCAUUCUUGAAGGAUUCAACUGUUCCUUUGGAGGAAAACCCCAAGCUCAAGCCCCAUGCCAUGGCUGUCUUUGUCAUGACGUGUGAAUCAGCUGUUCAACUGAGGAAAGCUGGUAAAGUCACUGUGAGGGAAUCAAACUUGAAAAGAUUAGGUGCUACUCAUUUUAAAGCCGGUGUAGCAGCUGAGCAUUUCGAGGUAACAAAGUUGGCACUAUUGGAGACCAUAAAAGAAGCAGUGCCUGAAAUGUGGUCACCAGCCAUGAAGAAUGCAUGGGAAGAAGCUCAUGAUCAGCUGGCCGAAGCCAUCAAAUCUGAAAUGAAGCCCUCUGAUUAGACUCUAGUAGUUGCUUUCUCUCAAAUUGAAUAAGAUUGAUAGGGUGGUGGUGUUUGGGUCUGUGCUUCUCGUUUGUAUGAAUUUUAAUAAUGUAUCUAUGUUGCUAUUGGGGUUGCUAUGUCGGAAAGUGUUCACAUUUUAACAAUUCAGUUAUUGAAGGUGAUGUGAAUUGUAAGGAAAGGGAAAAUGAUAAAUGCAUGGAUGGUAUGAAUUGUUACAAUUUUAUUCUGUGUCUUUA